GACUUCGGCGGAAGCCGUUGCGAGAUCGGCUUAGGGAACCACCAAAAAGUAGCCUCAUCAACAGCGCAGGCAGGUUUACUGGCUUAAAUGAUUUUGAUCUGCCGACGGGUCAAGUUAAUCGUGUGUGAGCUGUGAAGCGUGCUACCUCUGUUCUGCAUUACCAUAGUAACAUCAAAAGCAAAAUGAUGCUUCGGUAUUCCACCACCGCGGCGCUGGUGGUACUUCUAGUCGGAGCGGUGUGCGCUCAAGAUGACUUGGAUUCUCUCUUCGAGUCGGUUUUCAACAAUCCAGAUAACAACAACAACAAUAACCCGGCUGCUGCAACACCAGCACCAGCUCCACCACCACCACCAGCCGUCGCUCCACCGCAAGCGGCACGUCCGGUCCAACCCCAACCGCCACCACCGUCGCCAACUUGCUCCGGAGACUGUGUUCCCUACUAUCUGUGCAAUGACAACCAAAUCAUCACAGACGGAACGGGCAUCAUCGAUAUUCGCGUUGGAGAUGACUCCACCGUUGAAAGCGAAUGUGCCAAUUAUCUGGACACAUGCUGCGAAAAGACCCAAGUGUUGGUAGAGCCUCCUCCAACGUAUACCCCUGCACCCCCGGUGAGUCAGUACUCGUGCGGUUUGCGAAACGCUGACGGUCUGGGAUUCAGAAUCACCGGCAACAAGCAAGGAGAAUCGGAAUACGGUGAAUUCCCCUGGAUGGUCGCUGUUUUGCGCGAAGAUAAGGUCAUGGACUCCACGUUGAAUGUCUACGAAUGCGGUGGUUCGCUGAUUGCCCCGAAUGUCGUCCUAACUGCGGCUCAUUGUGUCGCCAACAAGCAACAGGACACUUUGCUGGUGCGCGCUGGUGAAUGGGAUACUCAGACUAGAAAUGAACUUUUCCCUCAUCAUGAUCGCCGCGUGCGCGAAGUCAUCGUCCACGAACGUUUCAAUAAGGGCUCGCUGUUCAACGAUGUGGCCCUGCUGAUCAUG